AAAUUGGCGGCAGAUGAACACAGAGUUACAUUUCUCUACAAUCUUCCUUUGAAGAAGCAUCAUGCAAUACGUCAUCAUUCUCACGUUCGCCUCUAUGGCCGCGGCCGCUAAACUUGACAAGAUAUACUUGCCGCCAGAUGUCGCGUCAGCAGACGGUGCGCUUGCUGGUCUCCAAGCGCCAUUUGAAAGGCGAGGUCAGGCCCAAAACAUUGCUAACCAAGCCCAAAACUACCCUAACCAAGUCCGGAACUUCGCUCAGAACGCUCAAGCCCAAAGCUUCGCUCAGAAUGUUCAAAGUCAAAAUGCAGAAAGUCAGGCUGAAAUUUUAAGAUUUGAAAAUGAAAUGAAUGAAGAAGGAUUCCACUACGCAUACGAAACCAGUGAUGGAACGAAGGCUGAGCAAAAUGGACGAGUCUUGCCAGGAUCAACUCCCGAAGAAGGCUCCAUCCAGGUGUCAGGCUCCUACUCCUACAUCGGCGAUGAUGGUCAAACUUACUCUGUCUCAUACAUUGCUGAUGAGAACGGUUUCCAACCAAGUGGGGACCAUCUGCCAACACCACCACCAAUUCCUGAAGCUAUCCUGAAAAGCCUACAGCUCACGGAUCGUGAAGGGAAAUACAGCAGUCAGAAAAGCAGUUACGACGCGGACGCCGGCUACUAAAUUAACUAUCCUAGAACUGACUAAGAAUAGCUCAUACAAACAUGUUUAAAAAUAAAUAUAACAUUUGCGCCUAGAUUUCUCACAGGCGUUUAUUUUAUUUCAUAUGUAUCUGUUAAUUUCUGAUACAACAUAAGCUACCUUAUGAACGUACGUUUACGAACUUACGUUUAAAUGAUAUUUUCUUUAUAUAAAAUAAAUAGUUACAGAUAUUCAGCCAUAGUUAAUGGCAUAGAUGUACUUUUAUAAUAAGCGCGAUUUUGCCCCUUAUCUUAAUUCUACGAAAGUUAUAUAAAUUAUCUAAAAAAUCCACCUACGAUUGUGUUUUUGUCUGGACUAUGGCCAGUAUGUUAAACAAUAAAGUGUAAAUAAUUUUUA